AGUUGCGCGACAACAUUGAACGCAGUAAGACGCUUAUCGUCGCUCGCUUCGCACCCAAACUAGUGUGCUUCACCAUCACCACCUGCUAGGGCGGCCUGUUGGCGAGGACCCGAAGCUCGGAGAUUUUCCCCCCUUUGAGCGCCGCGUGUGUGUUAUCAGCACUCGGGAGAUUGGGAAGGAUUUUCCGGAACAGGUUAUUCAGUUUCGUCGAUACAGCCGGUUUGGACGGUGCAGUCAGCGGCUUUGGUCUGUGCAGUCAGCGAACCGGUCGUUUUAGUGCAAAUCCUCUUCGUAGAAUUUACCUCUUGGGGCAAAUGAUGAUCUGUUGGCGGGAUUUUGUAAAAGACGUAAAAGCAGUGUUGUGCUAAUCUUUGGAAACGGACGGAAUCAAAAAAGCGGCGGCUUAAGUUAAGCCGGCAAUAUAACAACGAACACCGAUUCGUGCUGUCGCUUCCACGCUUUUUGCAAGAGGGGGCUUCUUUGGGGGGACCGUUGUUGUGAUCUUCGUAAAUUCCGCAAGCCCUCCCAGUAGAAGAGGGGACGACACUAGCAAGCACACGAAAGGCGAACAAUUCCACACACAUGUGUUUGAGCCGUAACGACAUCGGGGAGUGGACGUGGACACGAAACAAAACAUGAUAAAUUUGUUUUUGUGUUAAUUUUUAAUCUGAUUAAAGAGGGGGUUAAUUAAUGCAUUUAACAUUAAUUCGUGAAAUGCGUAAGAACAGUCAUCCAGGUUCAGCGUCAAGCUGGAAGAAAGGUUCAUUGUGAAGGAAGUGCUUAUGUGCGACUGUUUAUUUUCCGAAACCUCCGAAUUUAUGGUGAUUUUUGUUUUUGAUUCGGUCAGUGAGUGCAGUGUACUUUCACGAGGUGACAUUCUUGGAGUGGGAAACAGAAUUCGAUAGUUUACUCUUACUGAAACACAGAUAAUGCCAAUUCGAGAGUGGAAGAUAGUGCCAAAAGUGAAUUUUGAUUGGGUCAUCGAGAAAACGCUAGAGCAGAACAAUUGAAUCUUUCGAGGCACGGGUGCAUGUUCUUUGGCAUGGAUUUUCAGAGUGCAAUGGAAACCUUCGCCGAAGCAUGGGUUGCAGCGAGCGCUGGAGCACAGCAACAAGCCCUUGCACUGACACGUCCUAAGUCGCCCAAGAAGGAAUCCUCCGUACCGGUAUCGCCCUCCAACGGUCGGGAGGUGGAAAUGACCAGCCCGAAAGUCCACUUAUCGUCCUCAUCAUCAUCAAACAUUUCGGAUCAUCCGAACCCGGCAGCUCUCAUCGGUGCUGAAAAUCUAAACUUGUGCUCCGCCACGGCCACCAACGGAGGAGGAUCCUCAUCGAACAGGAGCAGCACCCCACAACAACAACAGGUGCACCAUCACCAGCAUCAUCACCACCCGGCAAUCAGUGUUUCCCAAUCGCUAAUGGGAUCCAACGCAACCCGCUCACUAACGCCUCGGAUUAGUGUGAGCACUUCCCUGGCGGAAAAUGGCUCCUCGAUGGCUUCCGUCAACAGCAACAUAAACAGUAACAUUCCGAACAGCACCGCCGCAGCCAACAGCAGCAGUAGUGCAGUAUCAGGCUUGCAAGCCCCAUCAAAUCCCAGCAAUGGAGCCGCGGGUGACCGCGGAAUUGUGCCCCAGUCUCCGGUGGCAGCCGUUGCAGCCGCAGCCGCCGCCAUGCAAGAUCGAAAGGAUUUCGAUUUCAGCAAAGUCAACGCUAAAUCCUUGCCACUUCACUGCGUGGUAGAAUCGGUCAGCUCCCUACAAGCCACGUUGAACUUUGACGCCCGAAGUCCCUGGAAACGGCGACCCAACAUCGAAACCGACAGCUACGUCAUCAUCCCGGCAGCGACGCCAUUCUGCGAUAUCGUCACUACUGCCUUGCAACGGCUUGGCUAUUCCUCGGAGAUUUCCAACGCAGCCAGAGGAUCAAUUUCCAUCAAGAACUGGAAGGCCCUCUCGUUGGACGCCAUCUCCGAUAAUCCGCUGGUCUCGGUAAACGACAUCCUCGGGGAGCUGACCUCGGUUGUCACGCUCAAGAUCACCAUCCUGCGAAGCAAACCGACCCAGUUGGCGGAGAUCAAGGAUAAGCUGCUCAAAUUGCUGAUACUGCAAUCACACGCCGUACUGCGGUCCACCGGAUGCCCGCUGGAUGAGAUUACUCUCUCGCAAAUCUGUCGCAGUCCGCUACAAAACACAUUCCCCUUCACGCCGGAAAUCACUGACGAAGUCCGCCGGAAGUUUGACCAAUGGUGGAGCAAUCAGUUAGCGCCACAGCCGAAUCCCAUAGCUCACAAAAUCCUCCCAUUUGCAAAUGCCCAACCCAAUGAGUUGGAUUUUUCCAAUUUCAACAUGCACGACAGUAGGCCCGAUUCGCUGAUCGACAGGGCCACAAAUCCACACCAUAACCUGGUGGUUCAUCCUGCUCUGCAAACGGUGCAUUCCCAGUAUCCAAACCAAAAGACUCGUAUGCGAACAAGUUUCGACCCUGAAAUGGAACUUCCCAAGCUGCAACGGUGGUUCCAGGAAAACCCCCACCCUUCCCGUCAGCAGAUUCAGUCGUACGUCGUUCAGCUGAACUCUUUGGAAUCCCGAAGAGGGCGCAAACCCCUGGACGUCAAUAACGUAGUCUAUUGGUUUAAAAAUGCCAGAGCGGCGCAGAAGCGAGCUGAGAUGCGCCAAGGAAUGACCAACGGCUACGGGAAUCCAAACAUGAUGCUAUCCCAGCCUGACUACAUGAAGAGCUCUCCCAGCGCUCCAUCCGAAGACAUCGACAAUCUCUCACAGGAUGAAAUGGACGACGACAUGGACCGACCAAUUUCUCCACAGCUUCCACUUUCGCUCACCAUUCAUGAGCGCAAUCGUCCUCUCACCCCAACCGAAGACACCCCCAUCAAGCAGGAAAACAUCCCCGCAUGCUCCAGUCCCCCACCCUCUCCACCUCCCACCAACAACCUCAACUCCAGUAACAACAACGCCAACGAAUCAGCCAACGACUCCAUCAGCCAAAACGAGGCUCCCAAAUCGAACUAUUCCAACGAGCGCUCCAACUCCCCGCAACGAUCACGCUCACCAGCUUCCGAAGAUCUGGACAUGGACGAACCGGAAGGCUCCACCAUUGACGACUAUCGCUCGCCAUCGCCGGACUCCAAACGGAACCUGCCGUUUCCCAUCAACAAUCCCAUGUUCUCGCAUUCCAUCAUGUACAUGAGCCACUACAUUCCGGCAAUGCAGGCCAAUGCCGCAGGGAUGCACCUGAAGAGCGAACUCAGUCCCAACAAUCAUGCGGCCCUUGGGCAGGCUGGGCUAAAUCUUUCGUUCAACAGCGAUGAACGGCGGAAGCGUAAUAGGACGUUUAUCGAUCCGGUCACCGAGGUGCCCAAGCUGGAGCAGUGGUUCUCGAUGAACACCCAUCCGUCGCAUAAUCUGAUACUGAAGUACACGGAGGAUCUGAACCGAAUGCCGUACCGUCAAAAAUUUCCCCGCCUUGAAAGUAAAAACGUCCAGUUCUGGUUCAAGAAUCGUCGCGCCAAAUGCAAACGCCUAAAGAUGUCCCUGUACGAUCCAGCUCAACUGGCCAGUCUAGGUGAGCAGGCUCACCUGGCAAACCUGCACGAAAGUUCCCACAUGGCUCAACUGCACGAGGCAUCGCAACUGCACCAGUUCCACCACGGGGGCGAUCGGGACUAGAAUCCAACGGUUUCCUCUAAUUGAAAAUGUUGAACCAAGUGAUAUGCUUAACUUCUAUCGACAAUGAUCGACCACGUAGGGUUCCCAAUCACAAGCCGUAAUCACGGUACAAUUCUCUCCCACGCAAUCGCAGUAGAAUUUUUCGCUCAAUAGCUGUAAGUAGAGUUCUCAAUGAUUUGAUAAAUCAAAGUCCUAGAUAAAAAUAAAUACCAAAGAACGAAAGAUUUCGCCUGUUUUCGACGUAGAAGAGUUACAGGUAAAAAAUACUAAUGAUUUUAUUACUAUGCUCCACUAGAACGGCAAUUGUAUGGAUUCUCCUACGCUAUAGGCACCCUCAGCAGGAUAGUUGCAAAAUAAUUAUAAGAUUUUAUCGACGCAAAUUUAACAGCCAUGAGAAGUAAGCCCUAGUGUACUCUCCGAAAUCGCUCAUUGUGUACAUACGUAAAACCUAUUAAAAUAAUUUCGCAAAACGCUUACCGAGCGCUGUAUCUUUCUGCCAGCAUGCUUUCGGGUGGGAAGAUAAAAUUUUGAUAGCGACUCUCCCCGAUGAAAUCCAACAACCAGUCAGGAAAACGGUGGAACGUGGAUGCGAACAAUUUAUGCGUUAUCAUCGGUGAAAUGGAAUUACGCUCCUAAUUACAUAAUUAAAUAAAUGGAAUGAAAAAUGAGUUUUUAAGUCCAAAAAGCAUAUCAAAGAGCGUGUAUCGAAGCUGAUUGACAGCUUUAUCAGGGAAGAGUUCCUUGCCGCUGUCCGCCGAUGUCUCCUGUCUGGUAAAAGUUCCUCGUUCGUUUUCACUGUCUGUCUCUCCCAUUUUCCCAGUGUUGUACAUAUCACCUGAUAAAUUAGCAACAAAGAACCACCCCACCCAUCGACAACCAGUUGCAUCGCUCAAAUCGGUGUGAGCCCACCCAUUGAAACAUGAAAUUUAUGAUUAUUUAUUAAUUUAUAGCGGAAAAUAACCUAGGACGAAUUUGCACGCGGAAACAUUCACCGCUGCUCAUUGGGCUUCAUUUGGUCUCACCCGUCUCUCAUCUGAUUGCAUUCGACGUAGCUGCGAUUUUAAGCUACUGAACAAUAGUUAAGUUAGAUAAAAAAAAGUAUUGCUUGUUCCCUCUGGGUUCAUUAGACCAGCACGUUCUUUGUGUGAAAUAAUAAAGGAUUAUUUUCCAUAUAUAUUUUUCACAAAUUCAUGGUAAGGUCUCUUCACGAAAAUGAUUGUCUCAACAAUUCAGUGGCAUUUGAAUAUUCAAUAUUUUUGAACCACUCUAUUUUCACUGCAGUAUCAGUACUAUCCUAAAUGCAAAAAUAACAUUCCAUUUACAGUGACUUUGGCGAAACUUCUCGCUUCUGUCGACGCCACCCACCCAACAGCAAAAUAUCAGCUUAACACAUCAAUAACCCUGCAACUGGUGCCGAGCUGUACUGAAUGAUUCCACACUAUAAAAGUUGCCGCGCGCCAUCUGGGAAUCAAAAAUGUGUUCGCUCUAUUUUCCGGUAUCAGCUUUUUUCUCGUAAUCUGAUUGCCGCUGUUGGCAUUGGUUGCGUGCACCACGGCUCAUUAUCGCCACCAAAAAUUAAUAAGCCGCAUUAUUCGGAAUAGGUUAUUAAGCGUCCAUCCUAUUUAUUUUUUACCUCUAUUGUGAACUGUUUUAAAAUCCCAAUUAAUAAUUUCGCUGUCUGUUUUAUUUGUUAAACGUGUUGGUUCGCCAACGGAACUUUCGCGCUCUGAAAAUCAUUAUCGGUAUAUAAUACCUAAGUUACUGUUGAGUAUUGCUUUUUCUUUUAUUUCGACGAUGGUGCAAAUUGAUAAUGUGCUACAAUUGUAGUUUCUACAAUGACCACUGUGUAAAUAUGCUAGAAUCGUAACUUUUCAACACUAGUAGAAAGAAACAACUGAUGUUUUCAAAACUAAGAACAAACAUGGAUAUCAAAAGUAGAAUAUAAGAUUUUAAAAUUAUCACUAGGUAUUAUUGAGAAAGUUAGGCCGAGAGAAAAAGUCACUAAGUAGCAACAAGGUAGGAAGAAAAAUCCCAGUUUAGCUUAAUAAACACAAUAAACACUAGUAACGAUAUACAAGUGGUGUCGAUGCUGGCACAGAACAUGCUAAAUCGUAUUGUAAUUACAUUAUUUCAAUAAAAGUUUAACAAUUAUAUGAAUAA